CAUCAAAAAUGCCAUAAAAUGCCUCCUCUCACAGAUCACGUGACCUAGUUGUCUUUGUUUAUAUGAUCUUUGGCCCUAACCUCACUAAACUGUUUUUGAAAUUUUUUUUACAAUUUCCAAAAUUCCAACAAAAAAAUACUUUUCACCCUUAAAACAUCUAAAAACGUUCAUAUUACCGAUAUUACUCGAUGCACAAGCUGAAAUCUUGUAUAUAACAUGAACACGAACCUAAAUAAAUCAUCCUUGGAUUAUGUAACCUCUUGAAGCACAACCUUUCAAUAAUUAUUAUGGAUGAAGUACUGUUCAGGGGGUCCAGGAAGCUCGAGAUUAUGCAGGUUCAAGCUCAACUAGUCGCAUCCAAAACCAAAGAAGUGUUUGCCACCUAUUCCCAGGCAACUAAAGCCUUGAUAUCGCAAGCAAUACAUAGUAACCAAGUGGAACAACUUAAACAGAACAUUGCACAGUUAAUAGGGUAUGUGCUGGAGGUUACUAGAGACUUUAAAUAUCAAGUUACUAAUAUUCUUGAACCCCGGAGGUUGUGGAUUUUCUUUUCGACGGUAUUAGGAGGCAAAUGGUCCAGGAGGGAGGUUGGUAUAGCAUGUAUAAGUUUCGUGAUAGGGGGUGCGGUGGGGCUAGGAGUAGGUUUAAUUAUAAGACGAAGAGAGACGAUAUAUCGAUACAUGGAAGCAAUCCAAAUUAGCCAUUAUUUAGGACCUGAGGGGGCCACAGUGGUGGAGGACGCCCAUGCCCCAUACGAAUGCGGCCAGCACGACGUUUUGGUCGAAGUGAAGGCAUCCUCGGUGCAAAUUAUCGAUGCGCAAAUUUGUUGUGGUUACGGAAGGACUUUUAGGAGAAUUUUAAGGAGAAUAUAUAAGCAAUCAAGUUCGGAUCUGCCAGUUAUUUUGGGUAGAGAUUGUACGGGGGUGAUAACGGACUUAGGGAAAUCAGUGAAACGUUUGGAGAUUGGGGACGAGGUCUGGGUUACGGUGCCUUUUUGGUCCCAAGGUACUUUGUGCCAGACGGUUUUAGUGUCAGAGGCCAGGGUAGCUAGAAAACCGAAGAACGUGGGAUUCGAGGGUGCUUGCAGCAUCCCUUACGCCGGCAGUCUCGCCCUUUCGGCCCUCACCGAAGCUAAUAUAGACUUCAGCAACGCCAAAGAUAAAAGGUUUUUAAUUCAAGACGGUUGUACCCCGGUGGGGUGCGUUUUAAUUCAAUUGCUCAACAAUUGGAGGGCCCGCGUGACCACCACCUGCUACAAAAGGGCCCUGCCAGUGGCCAAAGCGCUGGGGGCCACCGAUAUUAUUACUAUUGACGAUUCGCACUAUGUCAGGGAUGUUCACGAGAAGGAUCCUCAAGAAAUCAGAGAGGGAGAUCAAAAACUGUUGCUAAAAGAGCUGGAGGUCCGAGGAGAGACUUUUGAUGUGAUCGUUUUAACGCGAAACGACUGUGUGGAUUUGAGUGGGUUUUGCACGAAAAACGGACGGAUCUUAUGUACGGCACCCGAGGAGCUGCUGUCGGAUUCCUGCGGGUUCUUCAGUCGCCUCCUCUUAACCGGAUAUGUGAAAUUAAAAAUAGUGAUACAGAACACUUUGGGUUUGCCAAGUGACACCUUUGACGAGGCCCACCUGUGUCACGCCACCCUCGACCGAUUAACCGAAAUGGUGGAGGACGGGGUCCUACAGACUGUUGUGGAAAAAGUUUACCACCCCAAAGAUAUCGAGGUCGCUUUGAACCACGUACAGUCGCCACAUUCGAUCGGCAGCACCGUGGUCACUUUUAGGUGAUCGCGCCACCUUUAUUGGGUAACAUAGAUCUUGUAACGGGUUCCUGACUUAUUUUUUAGACAUAUUUUUUUAUAAUUAUAAACUGCCAUAAAAACAAUUAUCGGUGCUAAUCGUUACAAUAUUUUCUUCUUAUUAUUGUUGAUUGUAUCGACUAUAUCGUUAAAAUUAUUUUUAAAUAAAAUCAAUAGAACAUUAAAAGGUCUUAUAUCUUAUGUAAUAAAAUCUCUUCUUAAA